AGCACCGCUACAGCCGCUGGCACGCAAGGCGUGUCGGUAGACAAGAUGAUGAGGCGAGCGGCCGUUGCGCUGCUUUGCACGGGCGCCGCCGCGUUGAUGGCGCCCCCGGCGAGGCCUGCGAGGGCAACAGCGCUAGCUGCAAGCGCGACGGCCGACGUACCCGUCAAGACCUUCGAUGGAGGCGACGCGGGGACAGCUACGUUGAACCUGAAGGUGACCAAGGGCGAGAAGGACAUGUACGUCGUCCACCGCAAGUACGUGCUGGAGCGGCGCAACGCGCGAGCCGGCACGGCGUCCACCAAAACGAGAAGCGAAGUACGCGGCGGCGGCCGCAAGCCCUUCAAGCAAAAGGGCACGGGCCGGGCCCGCCAGGGCUCGAUCCGGUCUCCCUUAAAAGUCGGCGGCGGCGUCUCCUUCGGCCCGAAGCCCAAGGACUGGGCGAACAAGAAGAUGAACCGCAAGGAGGCGGAGCUCGCCAUCGGCAUCGCGAUCCAGAACAAAGCUUCUAGAGUGACCGUCGUCGACUCGAUCGCGGGGAAGUUCUCGGAGCCCAAAACGAAGAACGUCGUGUCCAUGCUCAGCGGUCUGGGCUUAGAUGCGGACGCCAAAACGGUGCUCGUCUACGACACGGAGGACGCGACCUUCGAGAAGAGCGCCGCGAACCUGCCGAACUGCGAGCUCCGCCUCCAGGACGAGAUCACGGUCUCGGACAUGCUCUGGGCGGACCAGGUCCUCAUGACGCAGCCGGCCUUCGACUGGGUCAACGAGCGCUACGGGGAGUAG